CGGGAAAAAUACAACAAUGGCGAAAAAAGUUUCAAGAAGUCAAUAUUUUGCUUCAGAUUCUGAUCACCGUGAAAUCACUUGGGUAGGAAAGGGCGAGGAAAGAAAUAGAAGGCUCAGGGAACAAUUACAUUACAGAGCAUUGAAACUUGAUUCUGUAAAGAUUGAAGUUGGUGACUUUGUGUUUAUCGAGAAUGAAGACCAACCUGGAACUGCCGAGGCAUUUGUGGCUCAAGUCAUGGAUCUGUAUGACAGAGGUAGUAGCAAAGGAGAUGAGGAGGAUAGAAAAAGAGCUAUCGUAAAGUGGUUCUGGAGAAAACAUGAGAUUAAAAUUAAGAUUCGACCAGAGAUUCACUCAAAAGAAGUUUUAGAGAAUAGAAACAAAAAUUUACCUCUUGAUUUAAAUGCUGAAAGCAUCAUGGGUAAAUGUGUGGUUAUAGAAUGUCAACAUGGGAUGUCACCAGAGGAGGCAUUAAAGACAGAGAAUGGAAAUCCUGUUUUCUUUGUUCAACGCUGGUUUGAUGGAUCAACAUACCAAUGGAUCAAAGACGCACCAAAAACACCCAAACUCAGUAUGAAUGAGAAAAAAGAGGAGUUUGCAAAAACUCUCCCAGCGAAGAGACAAAUCUCCGACAAAGCAAAUAAAUCAAUUGCAAGAACAGAUACCAAAGUGAUGUCUGUAAAUUCAAAGAUUGUGAAAUCAAAGAUAUUGGAGUCUGUGAAAUCUAACACAAGGACAAGGAAAUCUCUUGCAUUUAAUGAACUCAAUGUAAAGCCCAUCAAUAAAGAUAAGUACAACAAACAGUCUGGGAAAGAGAACUCUGACAAAACAGAUAUUGUGCUCAGCCCAACAUCUGUUGCGAAAUGGGUGAAUGUGAAUAGAACUGAUAUAAUAGCAAAUAUGUCUGACUCUGAAUCUGAAAGUCUUUGCUAUAGUGAUAUAUCUGGACCUGUAUAUAAAGGGGAGGAUGAUCGCAUCAGUGUAACCUCAUCUGAGGGUUCUUCUGUUAGAAAAUCAUCUAGGCGUUCAGUGUGUCAACCUAAACAGGAUAUUGACUCUGUGAGUGUAUCGUCAGAUAAUUCUUCAGUUAGAAGAUCAAGUCGACGAUCAGUCUGUGUUAAACGUAAUACUCCAAACAUUCCUUCUUCAAACACUGAUUCAUCUUUGGAUUCUAAGAAACGUAGAACUGAACAAUCGACACAGGUUAAUAAAAACCAAAGCAAGAACACUCCCAAAACACCAGUGGCUGAUAGCAUACCUAAAGCAAAACCAUCAUCUGUGAGAUCUUGCAGUCGCAAAACACCAUCUGUUAAACCAAUCAGAGACCUCCCCACAGUGCAAUCAGGUCGAACACCAAAGACUGAGGGUGUAACCCUAGUUACCCGGGCAACACGCCACUCAGCUAGUAAAACACCAUUGAAUUCUGUGACGCGACGUUUAGUCAGCAACCUCAGAGAUAGUUCCACUAAAUCACCAGUUGUAUAUGAUUCAGAGGUGAUUAACAGUCACAAGGUCAAAUUGACACGGAAUAGAAGUCGAAAAGGUGAUGCAAAGUCAGUACCUCAAUACAAAGAAGACUCGUCUGAUGAUGAGGAGAAAGAAGCCAAGGCAAAGAAAACUCCCAGCAGGAAAAGUAAACAUCAUGCAAGGAAAUCUGUCUCCAAGUCUGCCUGUGUAGAGAGUUCAGAUGCAGAGUCUGAGGACAAAUUUGAGAUAUCUUCCAGUGGGGAGGAGAGUGGCGAUUCUGAGCCAGAAUGGACAUCUGUCAAAGGACGCAAGAAAACUGUAAACAUGGGCAAGAAAACACCAAAAGGAAAAUCUAAGAAACUUGAUGCUGCCACACCAUCAAUCCCAAGCCGUGGGCUGGCCAUGUUGUCACCAGGAAGCCGUUUGGAACAAGCAAGAAUGAGGCUCCACGUAUCUGCUGUCCCAGACUCCCUUCCAUGUAGAGAAAAUGAGUUUGCUGAUAUUUAUUCCUUUGUUCAAAGCAAAGUCAUGGAUGGAACUGGAGGGUGCAUGUACAUUUCUGGAGUCCCAGGGACAGGCAAGACUGCUACUGUGAUGGAGGUAAUGAGAUUCCUCAGGGAGGAUGUGGAGGCUGGAGAGAUUCCACAAUUUCAAUUCAUAGAGAUAAAUGGCAUGAGACUCACUGACCCUCACCAAGCACAUGUUCAGCUACUAAAGGCUUUGACAGGCCAGAAAGCUACCCCAGACCAUGCAGCGAGCCUACUCGACAAGAGAUUCAGUUCUCCUGCACCACGCAGAGAAACAACUAUCUUACUUGUAGAUGAGCUCGAUCUACUAAUGACUCGCAAGCAGAACGUGAUGUACAACUUGUUUGAUUGGCCAACACGACCACAGGCUAAGCUGGUUGUCUUGGCAAUAGCAAAUACAAUGGAUCUUCCUGAGAGAAUCAUGAUGAACAGAGUCUCUUCUCGAUUGGGUUUGACGAGGAAGACCUUUCAGCCAUACACAUUUAAGCAGUUACAAGAUAUUGUCAUGUCACGAAUAAGAGAUAUCCAUGCAUUUGAAGAAGAUGCUGUACAACUGGCAGCCAGGAAGGUGGCAGCAGUGUCAGGUGAUGCAAGACGUGCGUUAGACAUCUGCCGAAGGUCAACUGAAAUAGCUGAGCUGGAAGGUGGAGGAAAGGGAGACAAUCUUGUUGGAAUGAACCAUGUGGAGACUGCAAUACAAGAAAUGUUCUCUGCUCCCAAGAUAGUAGCCAUGAGGAACGCCUCACUUCAGGAAAAGUUAUUUUUGCGAGCUGUCAUUGGAGAAUUCCAACGUUGCGGACUUGAGGAGGCUUCCUUUGCCAAGAUCUAUAAACAACACAUAGAUCUCUGUAGAUUAGAAGGUUAUCCAGCACCUAAUGCCUCAGAAGCCUCUACCAUAUGUUCAAAAUUGGGAAGCUUUAAAUUACUGUUAAUUGAGAAUGGACGUCAUGAUUUAUACCAACGUGUCAGACUCAACGUCAGCCAAGAUGAUGUCAUCUAUGCAUUAAGAGAUAUCAAAGAGAUUUAAUGCCAUUAAUGAAAUGAGAGGUAACAACGAAAUGUGAUGUCAUUUAUGAACAAGAUAUCAGAAAUGGUGGCAUCUAUGAGCUGAGCUAUAUCAAAGAAAUAUAAUGCCAUAUGAACUAAGUGAUUUCAAAGAAAUAUGGUGUCAUCGAUGAACUAGGAGAUCAAAGAAAUAUGAUGUCAUCUAUGAACUAAGAUAUCAAAGAAAUGUGAUGUCAUUUAUGAAAAAAGAGAUCAAAAAAUAUAAUGUCAUUUAUGAACAGAGAUAAAAAAUUUGGAUGUCAUCUAUGAACUGUCUGGAGAUAUCAGAAAAAUAUAUUGUCAUCUAUGCACUAAGGCUAGUGAAAAAACAAAAUAUUAAUACCACCGGGGAAAACAUAUUAAAAAGAUAUACAGUGUACUGUACUUCGUAAUCUUGAAAAUGUAUUAGCGACUUAUUUGUCAGAACUCAAAAUAAAUGUUCAUUGUAAUAUGUAUUUAUAAAAAAAUUAGCACAUCUUGUAAUAUGUGCCAUUAUUUAUAAUAUUAUAGUUGUGCUAGUUAAUUGUGUUUUAAAUUAUCAUCUUACAUGUCUUACUGUGAGUGUUGUAAUUAUUUUAAAACACUUUCCAUUACAUUUCAUAUAUGUUAGACUUUAAUGUUGGCAUUAAAUAACAUGCCAGCUCAUAAGGGUGUUAUGUAUACUUAUCUGCUGUUACCUUCUUCAAAGGUCUUUAUCGUGGCCUUUGUCCAAAGAUAAAUCCCUGCACAUUUUUUAUUCUGCCGGAUGUAAAUCAUGUCGCUGUAUAAGGGUCAUGUCGUAAUCAUAAAAUU